UAACAUUGAAAAAGAAGUAAAGCAAUAACUUCGCGUAUAAGUUUUCCCGGCUUUUAGUUUCCAUUCCGGGGAAAUUUCAGUAGCUAUGUCGACCAUUUCGUUUCCAAGAACUAAUUUCUUUACUUACGCUUGCAAUGGAUCGAGUCCCCGCCACAAGCUUCAUUCAAUUUCGCUCACUCCAACUACGAAAAUGAAUACGAAAUUAAUCGGCCUGGUGAGGAAGGAAGAUCAUUCGGUAUUGCCUCGAACGUCGUUGAUUACUCAUCUAAAAUUCAACAGUCUAGAACCGUCGGAUGAGGAUCUUUUUCACGAAAAGAAAUUAGUAUUCGGAAAUUACGUGGCGAGACAGGCCGUCCGCGAUGAAGAAUUGUGGGUAGCGGCAUAUCUGAGAGCAGAAACUCACUGGGAAGAUCAACCAGGCGAUGAAAAAUUGAUCGAACACCUCAAAAUGGAUUUCAUUGAGCGGGUAGGACAGACUAGUGGCUUUCUCUUAAUUACUUGCAUAUACAUAUGAAUUUUGGGUUACAUGUGAAAUGUUUACAAACAUUCCAUGAUUUACAGGAGUUCAAUUCCUUGAAAAUGCGAUGCCGGGGGCAAUUCGGGCAGAUAAAUAAAUGUGUCGUCGCGGUACAAUGUUUCUAUUUUUAUGUUCUUCUUUUCCCAGAUUGGUAUUCCUUUCAAUGUGUUUGUUGUCUC